AUGAAUCAAAUUCGGUUCAUUCAGUUAGAGCUCCCAUCAACUUUAGCACCCUCAAUGAGAACUGUAUCAAUGAAAACAGAAUCUAUAAUAACCACGAUAAAAAUCAAUAAAUUUAAUAAAUUUAAUCCAAUCGAACCUUUAACACUUUUAACUUAUCCUAAUGUUGCUUUAUUAGUUUUCAACAAAGUUAUAAUGACGAUAACUCUUUACAUUCAAAAUUUAUUAAUUGGAGAUUUAUUAUCAGCAGCUUAUGGAUUGACUUCCUCGUCCUUUACCUUGUACCUGGGUCAGGAUAUAUGA